AAUGAAUUUACAACUAUCCCACUUCAAUUUCUAGAAUCGUCACAGGCCAGCUCAUUCCCCUCCACGCACGGACAAAAACCUUUCAAAACCUAUCAUUCACUUGUCUAUCCAUUUUCCUCGGAGGCACCAAAAAAAACCAAGUCAUUUUCUAUUACCUGGCUUGUCUCUUUGGAUUUUCCUUUAUCUUUGGUAAAUUUUUCGUAUCUUUAAAUUUUAGGUUGUAGCUACCUAGGUUCAGUUAAUCAAGUUUGGAGUUUUUAACCACCCAACAUCCUUGAAAUACCAUGAUGUUCGAUAUCUUGUGUAUCAAACAACAACGUUAAUUAAUUGUAUUCUUUGAGAAUUUGGUGUUAAUUUGGUUUCUUGAUCGAGUCUUACGGAUUAUGAUUUCUUGUGAGGAUUAUCUCCAUUAAAAAAUUUUGAUAUCUUUAGAGUUUGAGACGACGUGAUUGCCCACCAUAAAUAUUUCUUGGAGCUCAAGCUGAUAAAUUUAGGACAUAUUUGGCUUUGAAACAUGGGUUGCUUUUGUUGUUUUUCAUCUAAUGAGAAUAAUGUAGAUAGGAGGAGAAAUGGUUCAAGAAGAUCAGCUCAGCCACCUGCGUAUCCUCCUCGGAACGAUCACAAUAAUAUUGCACCACAACCGGAGAAUUGCAAGCCAAGACCCCCACCUGAAUCUAAUGACAACAAGGAUGCUCGUGAUCAUAAAGAAGCUGCCAACGGUAGCAGUAAUGUCAUUGCAGCACAAACCUUCACUUUCCGUGAGCUGGCCAUGGCUACAAAGAAUUUCCGACGGGAAUGUCUAAUUGGUGAAGGUGGAUUUGGUAGAGUUUACAAGGGAAAACUUGACAAAGGUGGCCAGGUUGUGGCUGUGAAGCAACUUGAUAGGAAUGGUUUGCAAGGGAACAGAGAGUUUCUUGUUGAGGUGUUAAUGUUGAGUCUAUUGCACCAUCAGAAUCUAGUAAAUCUCGUCGGAUACUGCGCAGACGGGGAUCAAAGACUUCUGGUGUAUGAGUACAUGCCAAAGGGAUCUCUUGAAGACCAUCUACUAGAUCUUACACCUGAGCAAAAGCCAUUAGAUUGGUUCUCAAGAAUGAAAAUAGCAUUAGGAGCUGCAAAAGGUUUAGAAUACUUGCACGAUAAGGCCAAUCCCCCUGUUAUAUAUCGUGAUUUGAAAUCAUCAAACAUCUUGCUGGACAAAUUCUUUAAUGCCAAACUCUCUGAUUUCGGGCUAGCAAAGCUUGGACCUGUUGGGGAAAAGUUACACGUAUCUUCAAGGGUGAUGGGAACAUACGGUUAUUGUGCACCAGAGUAUCAAAGAACUGGGCAACUUACAGUCAAGUCAGAUGUGUACAGUUUUGGAGUUGUUUUUCUGGAGUUAAUUACUGGAAAGAGAGUCAUUGACACGACAAGACAAAACAAUGAGCAAAAUCUAGUUGCUUGGGCACAACCAGUAUUCAAGGAACCAAGUAGAUACCCAGAACUAGCCGAUCCACUUCUACAGGGUGAUUUUCCUGUUAGAGGCUUAAAUCAAGCAGUUGCAGUUGCAGCCAUGUGUCUCCAGGAGGAACCAUUGGUUCGUCCAUUGAUCAGUGAUGUGGUCUCUGCUCUUGGUUUGCUUGGAGAUGGUCUAGAAGGAGGAGCAGAACCAGCUGCUUCUUUUCCUUCCCCGCCAACCAUGGAAACCCUUGACAGUGCAAAAGAACGUCAACUAGCUGUGGACGAAGCCAUAGAAUGGGGAUCAAAUUCAAGGCGUUUGGCGUCGCAGAGUCCAAGGGCUACGGUGUCGUAGAUUUUCUUCCGUUUAGAUUUUGUAUGAAUCAAUAUGGUUGUUUUCCUCCAUGCCCCCUCUCUCUCACUCUCACUCAGAAGACAUCAAUUCUUUUAUUCUUUCGUUUGUGUUUGAUUAGUGUCCCGGGACAGAAAGAACAAUUACCGAAAAAGAUGGAAACAUGUUUCAUUGACAUAAAGUACAGAGAUAUGUCCUCGCCAUUUCCAUCUCUUUUAUCUUAGGACAGUAACUAAACUACCUUGUUGUCUGUUAUGCAAUACAAGAAUAUGCAUCAUCAUGUUACUGCACUCCAUCUCCAGAGCAAGCAUAAUAAUGUCACACUUGUGAGACAAUACAAGGAGAUGUGAUUGUUCAAUUUAAUCAUUGAAUGAUCUUUAUACUUUA